AUGGAUUUCAUCAAGACCAGUUCCCUGCGUGCUCUAAUUGAGUUAACUUUCCAACGCAACUGGAACGGCCUAAUUUGGAUGCGUAGAAACGGAGUUACAACCAAAAGAGUGAAGACUGCUCCAGACGGCUCUCUCGAGAAUCAGCGCCCAACCGCGCAGUCCGGCAGUCCGAGGAACGAACGUUCCACGCUCGGCCAGAAAGCUAUCAACCAAGACUUGAUCUCAGAAACAGGGGUGGACCUUUCCAACGAUUUCCAUCACUUCCAUGUGGAGAAUCGCCUAUGGACAUACAAGCCAGGGAUAGUGGUCACAUACAAGUAG